AUGUUCUCCUCACGAACCAUCAUUUUCUUCAUCGCCUUCCUCGUCGCCCUCGCCAGCUCUGCCCCCGUCCGCGUUCGACGCUGCCCAGCCCCAGCGGCUGCUUCAGGAACACCCGUGGUGUCUUCCCCGCCCCUCAACGUCGUUAAGGGUUCUUCAGUGUCCUCAGACCCCGUUUCGACCGCCACGACCUCCUCAGCGCCCGUUUCCAGUUCUGGGCCCACUUCCUCCGCCGCCCCAUCUUCGACCAAGUCUGCAGCACCCUCAACGCCCACCUCCGGUGGCAUUAUUGGCGGCCUGCUUGGCGCACUCUUCCCCGUUUCAAGUUUCAGCAAGUCUUGGACCACAUCCCCCUCAUCCAACGCCCUGGCCCUUUCGGAUGCCACGUUCAGGCCCACGAACGUCCUCCGCAGCGUCCCGCACACCUAUGUCAACGCGCCUGACGGCAAGAGGGCCAUGAAGGCACACUACCCCAAGGGAUCGUACACGUUCGGCAACAGCCCACAAGGAGGAUUCUCCUUCUACGCUCCUGGACCCGCCAACGUCGACCUGUCCUCCGCAAAGGAAGCUACCUUCGGCUAUUCCGUGUUCUUCCCCAAAGGAUUCGGUUUCCAGCUUGGUGGCAAGCUGCCUGGCCUCUAUGGAGGCAACAGUGAUGCCGAGGCUGUUGGAUGCUCUGGAGGCCGUCGCUCCUCUGCAUGCUUCUCCGUCCGCCUGAUGUGGCGUGCCAACGGUCAGGGCGAGUUCUACACCUACCUGCCCCCUUACACCGACUCUCGCUUCGCUGCCAACGAGAAGCUGUGCAACGUCGCCCCUUCGUCCGAUUGCAACCCCACCUACGGUGCCUCUGUUGGCCGUGGCUCGUUCAGCUUCCCCACCGGCCAAUGGGCUACGAUCAGCGAGCGUGUCCGCCUCAACGACGUCGGUAAGGCCAACGGCGAGGUCCAACUCUUCGUCAACGGCAAGAGUGUCAUCAACGUCAGCGGCCUCAUCCUCCGCGACAGCGCUGCGGGCCGCAUCCGUGGAAUGCAGAUGCAGACUUUCUUCGGUGGUUCUAAGCCUAAUUUUGCUUCGCCCAAGGACCAGGACCUCUACUUCUCCGAUUUCUCCGUCGCCAUCACCCAGACCCUUUAA